AUGGUAGUUAAUGCACCAGAAGCACCGGUACAAGCCGAAAUAAUAUUUGUAAUUGAAGCAACUGCUCCAAAUAGUGCAUACAUAAGUGAACUAAAAACAAAUUAUAUAGUACCCACUUUAGAGUAUUUCCACGGUGGUGCCUUGGAAGAAGGUGCUGGUAGUGGUUCUGUAUAUGGCAUAGUUGCUUACAAAGCAGCUGAUUGUCAUCCUGGUCUUCCAGUUUCUACAUAUGGCCCUUUUACAUGUCCACAAAAUGUUAUUGAAACCGUGGACAAAAUACAGUAUAUAGGUGGGCAUGCGGAAAACCGUGCCUGCGUUACUGAGGCGCUGACCAUGGCGUUGGCUUGCUUCGACGAAUUAGGUCGCACAGAUCUACCGAUACAUAUUCUGUUGCUGUGCUGCUCUCCACCAUACUCUACGUAUGCAGGAGGUCUCGUGCCGCCUGGUGCCCCAGCUACCAUAGAGCACGCUGCUCGUUUAGUAAGCGAAAGAGGGGCGCAGCUGUCUAUAGCAUCUGCAAAGAGGCUUCCAGCCCUUCUCGCGCUGUACGAGCAUGCAGGUGGUGAGCUUCACCAGGCUCAGCAGAGGAACUACGCUAAGGACCCGCGCCACCUGGUGUUGCUGCGCGGCUACAGCUUGAAGGAGCGACCGCCCAGCCCCGCACCGCCCCCCGCGCCUGAUAUACAGCCCGACAUGUACGGGCAGGCGCGCAUGUCCGGGGCAGCGGCCCGGCCCGUGGCGGCGGUGUUUCCACGCGCGGGGGCGGUCCGUGCCGGCUGGCUGCCGCAGCCCGUCGGCCAGCGGCAGCCGCUGUACGCGAACAACUCGGCGCUGCUCACGCAGCUCGCGCAGCCCUCCUACCCGCCGCCGCCGCCCGCGCACGCCGCCCAGGCGGUUAUGCAGCGGAUGCCCGGCAUGAUGGCGGCGGGCGGUUCCAGCGCGGCAGGUGGCCCGCCCCUGCAGCGCACAUACAUCUGGAGCGGAGUGCUCGAGUGGAUGGAGAAGGGCAAGGCGCCCGGCGACCAGCAGAAGGUCACCAAGCUCCUGCCGUGUCAGGUGUCAGCGAAUUCCAAGGACAUAGAGCCCGAGCUGAAGGUUGACACGUGGCCGAACAAACUGCUGAUGCAGCUGAUGCCGAAGCAGCUGAUCAGCAACAUCGGUGGUCAGUACCUCAAGGACAGCAAGUCGGUGCUAUUCCACUUGCAGCCCAACGAGGCGCUCGACGCUCUCACCAAGGUCAUGGUCAACGGCUUUGCCGGGUGCGUUCAUUUCUCCCCUAUGUCCUCGCCCCCGCAGUGCGAUAUCAAAGUGCUGAUACUUCUGUACACGCCAGACAAAAAGGCCUACCUAGGCUUCAUACCGAACAACCAGGCGACCUUCGUCGACAGACUAAGAAAAGUCAUUCAGCAGCAGAAAAUCACCCAGAUCAUAAACAAACAGCUGCCAGCCAACGUGAGCGCCGCGGGUGCCAUGGCCGGCAACAUGCCGACCGCCACGAUGGCCGGUGCGAGCGGAAUGACAACAGCUGGAAUGUCGUCCAGUGGCAUGGGCGGCAGCGCUUUGGGUGGAGCUCUCCAGCCAGGAAACAUGCAGCCCGGUAGCAUGCAAGGCGGCAGCAUGCAAGGCGGCAGCAUGCAGGGCGCCAACAUGCAGCCCGGUAACAUGCAGGCGGGCAGCAUGCAGGGCGGUAACAUGCAGCCCGGCAGCAUGCAAGGCGGCAAUGUGGUGGGUAUGUCCGGCCCCGCCUCCGCCCAAGGGAUGACGCAGCCUCAGAUGCAACAGCAUUCGCAGAGCAUGAUGAUGGGCAACUCGAUGGGGGGGCAAGUGGGCGGCAAGGGCCCCAGGUCAGUGACCCAGCUGGACGGCCUGGAGGCGGCACGCCAGCAGAACCUGGAGAAGAUACAGCACCUGCAGCAGACGCUGGAGGCGGCGCAUCAGCAGGAGGCCCAGUUCAAGUCCCAGAUGGACAUCAUGUCCCACCUGCACGCUGCCCAGCAGCAAGAGCAGCAUUAUAAGCAACUCGAGGAGCAACAGAGAAAGCAGCAUUUGCAACAGCAGCUGCAGCAGCAGUUGCGCGGCGCCGCCGGCCACCCGCCCCGCAUCAUGCAGCCCCUCAACCAGGGCCUCCGGAACCUUCUGCAGCAGCCUCAGUACAGACCGCCCGUCGGUGUGGUGCGUCCCUCGUCGCAGCAGCAGUUCGACGACGUCACCAAUUACAACGACUUCCUA